CCCACUUCCUCCAUCCUCCCCUUGUCUUUCUUUCUUUGUCGCCAAGAAGAAAUUCCUGGUACUGAGAAAGUACGACUUUCACAAUGGCCCUUCACCUCUCGUCGUGGUCGCCCUUACAAGCCGUCGGAGCGGCCAUGAGAUCCGUCUCUGCCUCCGCCUGUCGCUACAACUCCACCGCGGCGUUCAACGCAGCUGCGCCCGAGCAAGCUGGCAAUGUAUACCAGAGCCAAAAGCCCCGGACGUACCGAGAGCCUCGAACCUACCGCAAACGAAUGCCCAACCGCGAGAAAUUCAUCAUGGACCAGAAGGCGCAGGGAGAGAGCCGGGCGUUGGAGAAAUACCAGACGCGCGAGUGGAAAACCGGCGAUGUCUAUGCGCCCCGAGACCUUAGCACGAGCGAGAUGAGGAAAUGGAGAGAGCGCAAGUUUCCGUCCAAGGAUGCGUUUGAUGCGCUGGAUAUCAAUCCUUUGGAUCUUUAUAAGAACUUCGCCAUCAUGUCCGAAUACGUGACCAACAUGGGUCGCAUCAAGCACAGCAACACCACUGGACUGCGUCCGGUCAACCAGCGCAAGCUUUCCAAGGCUAUCCGACGCGCAGUCGGUCUGGGACUCAUGCCUAGUGUUCACCGACACCCGGAGAUUCUGGCCAUGGAACUCCGAAGCCGUCUGGAAGCCGGCGGUGGGUUUUAAGUAAUUUUCAAAAUCAAAGAUGGGCCGGAAUCCAGCGAAAUUCUUCUCGCGCUGAGCUUUGUUUCUUUUCCGGAGAAGGAUGUCGGACCAUGUACUUUUCUGUUUAUUGCUAUUUCUACCAUAGUGUUCAGAUAUACCGCGGAAAUGUUGACUGUAU